CCCUUCCAUUUUUCCCAUCACCUACUUCUUUUCAUCUACAAACACUUUUGAAAUGGCUCUUCUUGGAUGUUCACAGCUAGUUCGGCUUUCCCUUCUGCUGCUCCUUUUGGACCUCGCUUUGGGUCAUCCCGGAUUGACAUUCAAUAUUGUAAGUCUUGGAGCCAAGGCCGAUGGCAGGACCGAUGCGUCGUUYGCAUUGCAAACUGCUUGGGGCCAUGCCUGUGGCUCGCCCGUGCCAGCCACCAUUUACGUGCCCAAUGGCACAUUCUACGUUCAGAGUGGGACCUUUAGUGGACCUUGUAAGAACAAUGCCAUCACCGUGCGCAUCGAUGGAACACUGGUGGCUUCCUCAGACAUCGAGGUUCUGGCCAACACUCCCUCCUGGAUGGCCUUUAGACACCUCAAUGGGCUUUCCAUUUAUGGUGGUGUUCUUGAUGGCCAAGGAAAGGGCCUAUGGGCUUGCAAAAAGUCAAGAUCUGGUUGCCCUGUUGGAGCCACGACGUUGGAAGUCUCGGACACACAAAACGUUAUGAUAAGCGGAUUAUCUUCACUCAACAGCCAAAUGUUUCACAUUGUGGUGCGUGGGUGCGAGAACGUGAAAAUACAAGGAGCCAAGGUGUUGGCCCCCGGUGAUAGCCCAAACACUGAUGGCAUUCACGUGCAGCAGUCAUCAAACGUCGCCAUCCUCAGCUCGACCAUCGGCACGGGGGACGACUGCAUCUCAAUCGGCCCGGGGACAUCCCACUUGUGGAUGGAAAAAAUUGCAUGUGGACCCGGCCACGGAAUCAGCAUUGGGAGCUUGGGGAAGGGGGCAGUAGAGGCUGGGGUGGAAAACGUGACGGUGAAAACAGCUUCUUUCACAGGGACUAUGAAUGGUGUGAGGAUUAAGUCGUGGGGAAGGCCCAGCAGUGGGUUUGCCAGAAACGUUCAUUUUGAGCACAUCGUUUUCGACAAUGUGGAGAACCCAGUGAUUGUUGAUCAAAAUUACUGCCCUGGCGGCCAUGGCUGCCCCGGACAGGCCUCGGGAGUGAAAAUUAGCGAUGUUACAUACCAAGACAUACAUGGGACAUCAGCCACAGAAGUAGCACUGAAGUUUGACUGCAGCCCAUCAAACCCAUGCACCGGAUUUAUAUUGGAAGACAUAAGAGUGACUUACAAGGACAAAAUUGCCGAAGCUAUAUGUAACAAUGCCAUAGGAACUGCCUCGGGUCUGGUUCAGCCUUCCAUGUAUGGCCAGCCCAGGGAUGCAUUGUCUCACUGA